CGGGCUGCAGGCGGGCACGCGCGCGGCGGGGGCGGGCUCAGCGGAGAGCCGAGCUGCAGCCUUGGAGCCGGACGUGUCCGCGAAGAUGGCGGGCCGGACUAUGCAGGCUGCAAGAUGCCCUACUGAUGAAUUGUCUUUAAGCAACUGCGCAGUUGUGAAUGAGAAGGAUUUCCAGCCCGGCCAGCAUGUGAUGGUGAGGACGUCCCCCAAUCACAGGUACAUAUUUACACUGAAGACCCAUCCAUCAGUGGUUCCAGGAAGCAUUGCGUUCAGCUUACCUCAGCGAAAAUGGGCUGGACUUUCUAUUGGGCAGGAAAUAGAAGUCUCCUUAUAUUCAUUUGACAAAGCCAAGCAGUGCACCGGCACGAUGACCAUCGAGAUCGACUUUCUGCAGAAAAAGAACAUCGACUCCAACCCUUAUGACACUGACAAGAUGGCAGCAGAGUUUAUCCAGCAGUUCAACAACCAGGCCUUCUCAGUGGGACAGCAGCUUGUUUUUAGCUUCAACGAUAAGCUCUUUGGAUUACUGGUGAAGGAUAUUGAAGCCAUGGACCCUAGCAUCCUGAAGGGAGAGCCCGCGUCAGGCAAAAGGCAGAAGAUCGAAAUAGGGCUGGUUGUCGGAAACAGUCAAGUUGCGUUUGAGAAAGCAGAAAAUUCAUCACUCAAUCUUAUUGGCAAAGCUAAAACCAAGGAGAACCGCCAGUCAAUCAUCAAUCCUGACUGGAACUUUGAGAAGAUGGGAAUUGGCGGCUUGGACAAGGAGUUUUCAGAUAUCUUCCGGCGGGCGUUUGCUUCUCGGGUGUUUCCUCCGGAGAUUGUGGAGCAGAUGGGUUGUAAGCAUGUUAAAGGCAUCCUGCUAUACGGACCCCCUGGUUGUGGUAAGACUCUCCUGGCUCGACAGAUUGGCAAGAUGCUGAAUGCGAGAGAGCCCAAGGUGGUCAACGGGCCAGAAAUCCUUAACAAAUACGUGGGCGAAUCGGAGGCUAACAUUCGUAAACUGUUUGCUGAUGCCGAAGAGGAGCAAAGGAGGCUUGGUGCUAACAGUGGCUUGCACAUCAUCAUCUUUGACGAAAUCGAUGCCAUCUGCAAGCAGAGAGGGAGCAUGGCUGGCAGCACCGGCGUGCACGACACCGUUGUCAACCAGCUGCUGUCCAAGAUCGAUGGUGUUGAGCAGCUGAACAACAUCCUCGUUAUUGGAAUGACCAACAGACCAGAUUUGAUUGACGAGGCUCUCCUUCGACCUGGAAGACUGGAAGUUAAAAUGGAGAUAGGCUUGCCCGAUGAGAAGGGCCGACUACAGAUCCUUCACAUCCACACAGCGAGAAUGAGAGGGCAUCAGUUACUGUCUGCGGAUGUGGACAUCAAGGAGCUGGCUGUGGAGACUAAGAAUUUCAGUGGCGCUGAGCUGGAGGGUCUGGUGCGAGCAGCGCAGUCCACAGCCAUGAACAGGCACAUAAAGGCCAGUACGAAAGUGGAAGUAGACAUGGAGAAAGCGGAGAGCCUGCAGGUGACAAGAGGGGACUUCCUGGCAUCUCUGGAGAACGAUAUCAAACCUGCCUUUGGCACGAACCAAGAGGAUUAUGCGAGUUACAUUAUGAAUGGAAUCAUCAAGUGGGGCGACCCCGUGACCCGAGUUCUGGAUGACGGAGAGCUGCUGGUCCAGCAGACUAAAAACAGUGACCGUACCCCACUGGUUAGCGUCCUUCUGGAAGGCCCUCCUCACAGCGGGAAGACCGCCCUGGCUGCAAAGAUCGCAGAGGAGUCCAACUUCCCGUUCAUCAAGAUCUGCUCCCCUGAUAAGAUGAUCGGCUUCUCCGAGACAGCCAAGUGCCAGGCAAUGAAGAAGAUCUUUGAUGAUGCCUACAAAUCUCAACUCAGCUGCGUGGUCGUGGAUGACAUUGAAAGACUGCUCGAUUAUGUCCCCAUUGGCCCCCGCUUCUCCAACCUGGUGUUGCAAGCUCUCCUUGUGUUACUGAAAAAGGCGCCUCCUCAGGGCCGCAAGCUCCUCAUCAUCGGGACCACCAGCCGUAAAGAUGUCCUGCAGGAAAUGGAGAUGCUUCACGCCUUCAGCACCACCAUCCACGUGCCCAACAUUGCCACGGGAGAGCAGCUGCUGGAAGCGCUGGAGCUUUUGGGCAACUUCAAAGAUAAGGAGCGCACCACAAUUGCUCAGCAAGUCAAAGGGAAGAAAGUCUGGAUAGGAAUCAAGAAGUUACUAAUGUUGAUUGAGAUGUCCCUGCAGAUGGACCCUGAGUACCGUGUGAGGAAGUUCUUGGCCCUCAUGAGAGAAGAAAGCGCUAGUCCCCUGGACUUUGAUUGAAAGCGGACUGUUUACAACAGUGACCAAGGGAAGUGACCAAGGUGAAGAUGGCCUGGGAUUGUCACUCAUCAAGACACCGUACUAAAUGAAACAGUCACCACCCUCGACGACACCCUCGCUCUGCAUGAUUCGUGCGGUAAACUCCCUCGUGCUUUUGAGACAGCCUAGUGUUUCCUGGACUGCUGUGCUUCCCUCCCAGGCUAGCUAAGAUGAUCCCUGCCUACGUAGGAGGCCACGCCCACCCCACCCCCCAAACACUCUGCCUACCAGAAGGGUAGGGUUCUACCCAGAGUAAGGCUCUACCAAGAGCCAAGGUAGAAAUCCCGAGGGAUUCACUUAGUGCUUCCCCCUGCUAACAGCUGUGUCUCUGGUGAAACGGUUCUCCCACAGAAAGGGCUGUUAUCUUUGCCUAAAGAAGUAGGCUUUGAAUAUCUAAGAUGCUGCCCUCAAUCAUUUUCAGAGAUAUUUCCAAGUUGCAAUCAGGAGAGCUUUUCUAAUCGGAAGUCAGAUCAUUCCUGUGGUGGCUACGAUAGGCCUGAGUGUAAUUAAUUUGCUCUGUGGUAACAGAUAUGCUAAUCAUUACCACUUGAUAGAUGCUGUUAAAACCUUACGAAGGAUACAUAUGGAAAGCUGUACAUCCCUAAACAGAAAAAAAAAAUA